AUGACCUCGGAGAGAAAGCAACGGAUUCUGGCCCCUGCAGCCCCAGUUAAGGACCCCGCGCCACGAGUUUCAUCGAGAAAGGUUUCUACAGCUUGCUCAAAUUGCCGCCUCAAGAAGGCGAGGUGCAGCGGAACAGCACCAUGCAACUCCUGUGUCAAGCACGAUCUCGAAUGCAAUAUCGACGAGGCAACAGACUCUCGCCGAAAAAUUCACCUUAAACGCAAGAUCGACAGCUUAGAAGGCGACCGCGAUCUGUUCGUGCAGGUGCUGGAGAUAUUACGAAAUGGUGGCGUCACACGGGUGCAUUCCCUAUUGCAGUUGAUUCGCAGUAAUGCCUCGUUGGAAGAACUUCAACUAUUUUGCGAGGACAAACUCAACGCUACCAGUACCCUUGAUUCUACAGUAGAUGAGGUCCGGUUGUCAGAUGAGUUUGUCGUUAAGAUACCACGGAGAGUGCUCAACAUCAAGCGGCUCGCCGAUCAACCUGUCUUUCGCGUACCCGCAAUACCCUGGACUAGAAUAACCGAUGAUGAUCACCUUGUUUCACACCUUAUUUCCAUUUAUUUCACAUGGCGGUAUCCUUGCUUUCCCUGCCUUGAUCAAAAUCUAUUUAUACGCGACAUGAAAACAGCCAAGCUCAGUUCCCAGUUCUGUUCGCCCUUUUUAGUCAAUGCCAUUUUGGCUGAUGCCUGUGCAUACUCUGACUUCGCAGAGGCGUACGAAGUCCCGAAUGAUCCGUCUACGCGAGGGUUACAUUUUUACAAAGAAGCAAAGAGAUGUUUCGAACAAGAAGAUGGGCAUUCAACCAUAGCCACAGUACAAGGGCUAGCAGUAUUGUCAACUUGUGCAUGCUUAAUGGGCAAAGACAGACGGGGAUGGAUAUACCAGGGCCAGCUUGCUUAUGCUGCGAAAGAGCUUGAAUGCACGCUUCGCACAGUAUCCUCCGGCUCUCUUACUGAGGCAUCUGACAUACGACGAGUUAUCGAGCUUACUCUUUGGGGGUUGUACAACAUGACAAUCGCAAGCGCCUUCGCUUACCAAAAGCCGCCGUUGAUCGAAAAGCCUAGCCGUCCAUGUCCGCCAAGUACUCAUGACAAUGAUGACCCGCUAUGGCACCCUUAUCCGCACGACAACGAUGGUCUCCAGGCGCACUACAUGUGCUAUUUCCACAGCUUAUCUGACCUGACAGCCAUCGUUGACGAUUGGUGCACGUUACUUUUUGACAGUUUUACGAAGCCGCCGCCCAAUGAGAUCCAAGACAUGGAAAUCAAAGUCCGUAAACGUCUUGCGUCUAAUGUACUUGCCAAAGCAGCAGAGCAUGGGGCAGAGAAUCAGCAUCGGGGGCCGCAAGAAUCGUCUCUCUCUUCUGCUCGUCACAUCGCCGGUUUGAUGGAGUUACAUCGAUCCUCCUGGGGCAUUGAUAUGUUUCCGGCAUGUUAUAUUCAUUGGAUUGCAGUGUCUAUGUUUACUUUAAUGGGCCAACUUGACGUGUUAGCGAACCAAGAGGCAUUUAUCAAUCUUUGUGUGGCAGCAAAAGUGGCCUCUCGACGCUGGCCUCUUGCAAGGGGCACAUUACGAACUGUUCAAAUCACGGCCAAGAGGCUUGGAGUAAAGCUUCCGCCUGAGACUGAUACACUGUUCCUAGAUUUCGAGAAGGAGAUUUGGGGGCCCAAGGGUCGCAAUGGACUCAGCAGCCUGUAUCCCAAUUUUGCUGUUCUGACAGGAUCAUUACGAAAUGAAGCCGUUGAAAUGGACAAAUUCCUGGAGAAAGAGGAUAGCUUGGAGGCUCUCGACCUUGCGGAAGAUGACGAAAUGAUAUCCUAG